AGCAGCUACAGGAAAGCUUUCACAUUGAUUCAUGGCUGGUGUUAGAGUUGAGCUGCUGGUAGUCCUGACUGCGGCUCUGCUGGUUUCAGUAGAGGGAUGGGCGCGGAUCAAGAAAGUUCAGCGUACUAAUGUUUAUGAGAGUCGCCAGCGGUCUGAACCACGAAGUGUUACCUUGCCAGGUGACAGCAGGGAGGACGAUGAUGGUGAAGAUGCAGUUCUUGAGGAUUCAUUACUUCAAGUUGAAGGUGCCACCAACAGUGGAAACUUCUACAAUUUUGCCAACGGAGACCAGACUAACGCAGUAGAUUCUAGUCCAAGAACAUGGCGCAGAGGUACUGAUGGUGGCUUCCAGAUGGAAUUUGACAAUAUCCCUUCAAGGAGCCACACCAGCAGUACCAGUCAGCGUCAGACUGGGAUAAAUGUGGUUUGCAGUGACGUUGGCUUCCAAAUUACUCUGCCGACAGGUUCAUUAAGUGAGGUUAAAGUUGUGGGCUCAAAGGACUUGCUGUCCGUUAUGGAUGCUCCAGAGUCUUGUGGUUAUGAAGUGAACCCUCUGACUAACACCUUGGCUGUACCCUUCACCGGGUGCUAUGUGAAACGGAAUGACCUCUACAGCCUGCAGUUGUUGUAUGUCAACGAGUUUGAUCAGACACAAGUUGCUACUGCAUCUUGUGAGAGGAGUCUGAAGUUGGACCCAGGUUGUGGCAUCCCCACAGGGGAGCAGGUGACUUGUGGCCAGUCAGGAAUAUCGUCCUCAGACUGUAAAAUGAUGGGAUGCUGUGUGGAUUCUUCUACAUCUGCCUGCUACUACCCAAUGGAUGAGUGCACUGUCGAUCAACACUUUGUGUUCGCCAUUCGUGCCAACUCUGCAUCCAUCCCUGUGGACCCCACAAAGCUUGUUAUUACUGGGAGUACAAACUGUAAACCAGUCAUUGUCAACGACAAAGUUGCCAUCUUUAAGUUCAACGUUACAGAAUGUGGAGUUCAUGCUUAUGAAGUUGGUGAGACGAUGAUCUACCUGGCUGAAGUGCAGACUGUCGUCCAAUCUCUAACCCUCCAGUAUGGCGUAAUUACAACACGUGAUCCGCUCAGGUUCAUGGUUGAGUGUCGCUAUAGCAAAGCAGGCGUUGCUCUGCAGUCACUAGCCAGCGCUGGCUACAUGGUGAAGACCCCGAGUUCCAGCUUGCCAUCAGCGGUCCUCUCUAAUGGCUUGUAUGCUGUUGACUUGAGAAUUGCUAAAGAUCAGACGUAUUCAAGCUACUUGCCCACAAACAAUCGGCCUUUGCGACUGCUGCUUGGCAAUCCAGUCUAUCUUGAGCUGCGCCUGAUCUCUCCAAAACCAGAUGCGGUAAUCCUCGUCAACUACUGUGUAGCUUACCCUCGCUCUGCAAGGAAUGCUCUGGUGCUUAUUUAUGAAGGGUGUCCCAACCUUUAUGCUCCAAAUGUGUCGGUCCUUAAAAUCAUUGACUCCACAAAUCGUCACCAGAGGCGGCUCGUGAUUGAAGCGUUCCAGUUUAUUGUUCAAAAGACAAACCGAUACCUUGAUGAAGAAAUCUAUUUCAUGUGCUCUACAGAAGUGUGUUUUGAAGCAGAUAGGCCAUGUGAACAACGGUGCUUUGAUGGAAAGGCACCAUAAGGAUGCUGCAGAAGACUUAUGAAGAUAAAGGGGGGGAUGGAAUAAAUGAACCAUUUUAUAACACAG